AGGUCAUUGUACCUUGUGAAAGAUCCACAACAGACCCGUCUACAUACUCUUGCUUUUGAGCAUACUUUUAGUAACUACAGUCGCUAUUACACACAACUCGGCAAUAGCUCUGCGGCUCACGGCCGGGCCAACCACCCCAGACUUUUUAUGGUGGCGAGGCAUGAUUGUGGACAUCCGUCCAGGUGCGUCUGCCUCUGCAUGCCACCGAAUGGCUGGUCAGUAGCGUCACUGGAUAAGUCAUGAAAGCAAUUCAUUCACAAAAAUCAAAACAAACAUUUUUGAAACCUGGCAACAAGGAAAAUGUCUACAAAAAAUUAUGCAAAUUAAUUACAUUGCAGGACGCUCGGAUGCGCAGAAGAUGUGGAGACUUUAAUGCUCAUAGCACACUCUGGGGAGAAGAAAGUGUGUUUCAGCAAAUACUUUUUUCCUCCCUCUGAUUACACACUUGAGGCUGUUUCAGCUGCUCAGUAAUUCAGUAAUUCAGACUCAUGUCUAAAAUCUAGUGAGAAAACACUGCUGUGGUUGUUGUGAUCAGCACACAAGGUUUCAGCUGUUUUGGGGCUUCACACCAGCUUUGGAAAAAAAAACUUAGACUUUGGAUGUGUUUGGUUGACUUGAAGCUUUCUGGGAGUAGGUGUCAUCAGGUUUGUUCUACACAUUGUCAAACAAAGCUGCCGUGACUUUAACUUUGAUGGUCUUCACAGUCCACAGCUACAAUAAUAGUAAUGGUGUAUUGUUUUCUUUUAUACAUAUGUGUGUCUGCUUGGGAUAAAUAGAAUUGAUAGUAUCAAAAACAUUCAUUCAUUAAUUCCAAGGCCCAGCCCAGAUGACUCUAGUUGAUAAAUAUGGGGAUCCUGGUUGCUCCCUGCCUAGAAGCAGCAGGUAAGCCAAACUGGAUGUGUGUUUCAAGUCAGCUAUCUCAUCAGUGAGCUGAUGCAACAAAGUAUAGAUAUAUAAUAUUCAUUACAAAGACAAUUUGACUGUCUGAAAGAAACUGAGGACAAUUAUAGAUCAUAAGGCCCAUUCAGAGUCUCCUUAACAUCAAGUCCAACUUCAUGUUUAUCUUUCAUCAAAGCAGGAAGCUUAGCUCAGCAAAUCCAUUUAUUAUUGACCUGCUUAGAGUCCCGAUGAGGAAAGCAACAUUUAUUAUGAUUUUGAUUAUUAUCAGCAGAAAGGAAGAACCUGUCAUUUCUCAGUCAUGUUUAUCAUCACAUUAUCGUUAAAGGCCAAAACCAUAAAAACAUAUUUAUCAGUAUUCUGAACAUUUGUUUUACAGCAAAAUGAGCAGAAUUAAAGAGCUUUUUAUAAGUUUCACUUUUCAUCUGCUCUUUUAAAUCAAAAAGUUCACAGAGUCAAAUUUAGUUUAAAAGUCAAAACAAAGAAUUCCCAAAUUUCAAUCUUAAUGAAUGAUACAACUUUAACAAAGUCAAUCAGCUGUUUUUUGCUUUAUACUCUUACUUGUUGUGUUAAAGGCUAUAGCUUCAUCUCUUACGGAUGCCUCGGUUUCCAUGGAGAAUGAUGAGAUGAGGCUCCGCCCAGCGACAGCGUGGACAGCAUCCUUGAAACCUGACGUGGAGACGUUUCCACCGACUUCAUUCAAUUUUGACACAUUUUAAAAGAUUUUGAAAAAUAAGUGAAGAAAAAAGUGUUACAGAUUUGUAACAGUGUUACAAGUACAGAUAAUGAACUUUACUAAAUGAACAAAUGCAGGAUUGUGUCCAAAUAGAAAGCAUACAAUUAAAGAAGGAAAGGAAAAAGGAAGUAAAAUGAGGAGAUAGAAGGAGGGAGGAAAGGAGAGAAUAGGAAGAAAGGGAGCACAGAGCUCUGCUGCUCUUCUACAAUAGAAUAUGACAGGAAGCUGGAAAGACUCACAGGAAGUCUUCCUGUACAACUCCUCCAUCUAAUGCACAGUACACACAGCAGUAGUUGCACCCUCUUUGUGGGAUUCUGGAUAUUUAUCACUGAGCAAUUUGUAUAAAUUAGAGCUAUUGCUUAUAUUUUAUAACUUUAUAGUAUAUUGUAUUAUUUAAUUUAGUUCAGUCUGUUACUGUUCUUAUUGUCUUGGAGGAACUGUAACCACAUAAUUUCCGUGUUCUAAUUCCAAAAAUUUGACAAAACAGAAAUUUUCCUGCAAACAUCCAUGCCACAAGCUAUAACACAGCCAAAAUGAUGGCUAAAUCAAAAAAAAAGAGUAAAAAAUGUACAAAAGGUAAGGAUUAAUUGGAUCCAGUUUAUCUUGUUAAAUUUCUAAAUAGUGGAGGAAGAUGAGAUGAUAAGGAAGAUGAGGUUUUUUUGGUGUGCAUUGGGGGUGGGGUGAGCAUGAUCACUGCUUGCCUUUCUGUAGAAGUCACCACACACCACUGCUGUGAUGUUGGUCUGUGGACGCCUCUCUGGGUUUUCCGUCCUGCUCAAGGUUUACUCUCACCUUCCUGAACUUCCUGUUUGUUGUAACUGAUGCUGGUCAACUCUGUGUGAACCUGCAUGUGAAGGUAAUGGAAGCAGUUUGUAAUGUUUUCUUGGCUAACAUCAGCUUUGUGCAGCUUAGUUCCAGCACAAAUCUGCCACUCCAUGGUUCACAGUGAUGGACUUCGAGCUGGACCAAUGACCAGAGUGUUGGACCAACCGUUACACGCUUUUCCUCCUGUUAGUGUUUGUGACAGUAGAAAGUGUGUGUGAGCUGAUGUGGAUGUGAAUUCAGCAGCAUGAAUCAGUGUGAGGACAGAGAGGAGGGAGUCCCUCCCUCUAAAACCACUCUGUGUGGGGAACAUGAGAGCCAGACAAAAGCUCAGAGGAACCAACCUGGACCUCCACCCAGCUGUGUGUUCUUAAAGGGUGACAAAGUGAAGGAUAUCAUCAAGAAAUUUGAACCAACACGACCAUUUCAGAAAAAGAUCCAUCAGAAACUCAAACCUGAACCCAGCUGUGUGUCCUUACAGAGUGGCCAAGUGAAAAAGAUGAUUAAUACAUUUGAACAAAGAGAGCCAAGUGGGAAAAGGAACCAUCAGAGAGUCAAACAUGGACCUGAACUCACCUGUGUGUCCGUCAAGAAUGAUGUAUCAAACGGUGAUGGUUGUUCUCCUGCAGACAGGUCAGAGAUGGAGAAGGCCUUACCAGUGCAGCUGCUGGAAAUGCUGAAGAAAAUGGGAGAGGAGGAGCUGAAGCUUUUCCACUUUUACCUGCAGUAUGAACCUGGAGAUGACUUCCCCAAACUCUAUAAGUACCAGCUGGAGAACGCAGACAGACUGAAAACAGUAGAAGUGAUGGUGCAGGCAUAUUCAGACCGUGUGAUGGAGGUGGCGAGGUUGAUUUUAGAGAAGAUGAAUGAAGGAAGUCGCCCAGCCCAGGAAGCUUUAACAGUUUCAUCAGAAGAGGAUCUUCAAAGCUGUCAGUUUAAACUCAAAUCUAACCUGAAGAAGAAGCUCCAGUGUGUGUUUGAGGGAGUAGCUAAAGCAGGAAACCCAACGCUUCUGAAACAGAUCUACACAGAGCUCUACAUCACAGAGGGAGGGACUGCAGAGAUCAAUGAUGAAUAUGAGGUGAAAGAUCUGGACUGCAGACUGGCCAUUUCAGUACCCGGAUCCUUCUCCUACGCAGCCAUGAUGUUGUGA